ACCGUUGCAGCUGAGCUCCCAGCACCCAGCAAAGCGCUCAGCAAAGCGCUGGCCCUCGAGUCAGCCCAGCCUGCGCCGUGCUCCAGAGCCGCUCCUGUCGCCUCGCUUGCCACUCGCUCCCUGAUACCCCUGUCGGUCCUGAGAGCUCUCUGCUGGCUGGAUUUAGCCCCCCAUUCCUGCAGGAUGCCUGCAUCUGUCCCAAAGAAGGCUGUCACAGACAGAGAGGAAGAGAUGAAGGUGGACAAACAGAUUCAUGCAAAGAAGAACAUGAAAGUGAAGAGAGGGAAGACUGGAGAAGAAGAGAUGGAGGUGGAUGUGAAGGAGAAGAUGAAGGAAGUGAUGGAAGUGGGUGUGAGUAUGGAGGAGAAGAUGGAGGAAGAAAUGCAGGUGGAUGUGAAGGAGGAGGAAGAGGAAGAGAUGGAGGUGGAAAUGGAAGAGUACAUCGAGGACAUGGACAUUGAUGAAAAAGAUGAGGAGGAAGCCAUGGUCUUGGGAUGAAGAGCAACGCCAGCAGCAGAACAAGCAUGUGCCCCCCACAGGCAGAGCCGGGGCUGGGCUGGGUGGUCCCUGCUCAGGGACACAGUGCCCCAUGCACUGGAUUCUGGUGGCCAUCCCCAACCUGCCCUGCGCUUCCUUUGGGCCACACAAGCCCCAUCCAGUGCCUGGGGCCCGACCCCCAGCCCCAGCCCUGCAGCAGAGUCCCACUGUGCCAGCGUGUGCCAGCCUGGGGGCACAGGGAACGUGGAACAUGGAACAGUCUGUGCCCGACUGCAGUGACCAUGCUGCUUGCUUUUCCUCCAGGACUGGCAGAGAUCCCGGACAGAGAUGUCACCUUUUUAUACAUACGUUUUAGAGUUCGUUGUUGUCUUCAGGAUAUAGGUUUUAGGACUAUAUUUCAUAUAUUUUUUAGAUAGGUUCUUCUGUAAAUAUGUUCUACAGAUCGUUGUUACAAAUAUUCUUCCAAUGUAAAUAAGUUCUGUAGUUCAUUAUUGUUGCUGUUCUUCUAUAGAUAAACAAUCUUUUUACUUUUUCAC